AUGUUUGCCCACGAAGACAGAGAUCACUGGGUCUCCCAUCUCCCUCUCGUGCUCUUGGGUAUUCGUGCCGCCCUUAAGUCGGACCUCGGAUGCAGUUGCGCCGACCUCGUCUACGGCUGUUCACUCCGCCUCCCCGCAGAGUUCUUUAGCCCGUCGAAACCCGACAUAUCACCUUCGGCCCUCCUUCAGCGCCUUCAUCGCUCUUUCAGCAUUGUGCGAGCAACCCCGUCGAGAGCUGCAUCCCACCAUAGCCCCAACAUCCCCCAAGACCUGCCUACGGCAACCCACGUGUUCCUGCGGACAGACUCGGUGCGCAAGUCCCUCUCUCCGCCUUACUCCGGACCGCAUCCCGUCCUCGCCAGGAACGACAAAACGUACCGCAUUUUGGUAAACGGGAACGAGGAUACCGUCUCGGUCGACCGGCUGAAACCGGCCUACCUCGAAAACCCCGGCAUUGUCGCAUCCUUUGCGCCCGGUCCCUCGUCGUCCGUCGCUCCCAACAGCCGCUCCUCUGCACCCGGCCGCUCUAAGCAUGUCUCAUGGUCGGACAGCCAGGGCUGUCUCCAGCGGGAGGGCCCUGUAGCAGACGACACAGAUGGGGUGCGCCGUGCGCAGGCACAUCGAGUUUUGCACGCCCCUCGUGUUACGCGCCAGCCCUUGACCAUUCUACUCGGCCACCCUGAUCGAGUUCAGUUGGCACCCAGCCGGCAAUAA